AUGGAGGGAUUCGCAGGGUUGAGCCAUCUUUAUGUCACGAUAUUCCUAUCGGGUUUUGGCGGGGUUAUCGCUCUCACAGCAAUCACUGACGUUACCAUGGAUGCACUUUGCCCUGGCCAGGAUCAGUGCUCUCUUGCCAUUUACCUCACCGGAAUUCAACAAGCUAAGAAGAAACUGAGCAAGAGUGGAAUUGUGUUGCAGGUAGCUGGAGUGGGGUCAGUGUUGGUGACGCCAUUGAUAGGAAACUUGUCCGACAAGUAUGGCAGGAAAACCUUGAUCACUCUUCCUCUCACGCUCACUGUCAUUCCUCAAGUGAUAUUGGCAUAUAGCAGGGAGACCAAAUUCUUCUAUGCGUACUAUGCUGUGAAAACUCUUGCUGCCAUGGUAGGCGAAGGGUCCUUCCACUGCCUGUCUUGUACAUACGUGGCAGACAUGGUUCCACAUGGGAAACGAACAUCAUCGUUUGGAGCACUUGCUGGUGUUGGAUCAGCAACAUUUGUCUGUGGAUCAUUAGCAGCUCGUUUCCUAUCCACUGCCUUAACAUUUCAGGUUGCUGCUGUCUCGUCAAUGAUUGCAUUGGUGUACAUGAGAAUUUUCCUUAAGGAGAGUGUACCUGGUGUUGGCACUAGCCAGCCAUUAUUGAAAGAGGGCGAGGAGCCAUGUCCUGGUGAUGAUUCAUCGCGUAAGACAACAGCAUUUAAGAAACUGCCCUCUUUGUGGGAUUUGAUUCGCUUGCUCAAGUGUAGUCCCACGUUCUCGCAAGUAGCAAUUGUUUCGUUCUUCAAUAGUCUUGUGGCCAGUGGCUUGCUGGCUGUAUUGCUGUAUUAUUUAAAGGCACGUUUUCAAUUCAACAAGGACCAGUUUGCAACAACAAUGAUGAUUACUGCGGUUGGAGCCACUUUUGCACAACUAUUUUUCAUGCCCCUUUUAGUGUCAGUUAUGGGAGAGGAGAAGCUGCUCUCCACAGCGCUCUUGGUUAACUGCAUAGAUGUCCUUGUCUACAGCGUAGCAUGGUCACCAUGGGUUCCUUAUGCUCUGGCAGUUUUCUCUGUGUUCUCAGUUUUUUCUGGGCCAAGUUUAUCCAGCAUCGCAUCGAAGCAAGUUGAAUCUAAUGAACAGGGAAUGGUUCAAGGAUGUCUUUCAGGAAUUAGUUCCUUCGCCAGCAUCAUCGCUCCGUUAGUUAUCAGUCCACUGACAGAUGAUAGCAUUUGUUCUGAGUCUAAUGAUCCGUGCUGCUCCUCCUCCUCCUAUUGCGGGUGGCACAACUAG